UGCGUCUCCCAGCUACUGACUACAAGCUAUACUGGCUGGAAAUACUCUCCGAGUAAAAUCCAAAUUCCUGUGCAAAAUAUCGGAUUCCAUGACAGAAAUGCCAAUAGCAGAUCUGCUCGGAGUGCAUGUUGACAUGCAGUUCCUGGGCAAACUGACGCUGUCAGUUGCUACUAUGCUUUUCAUCACCAUGGUUUUCGGAUUCUACCACGCCAGGGCACGAAACAGACGAAGAGGACAAAGGGACGCACGAGUAACCCAGGAAGGCUACAACGGACCCAAUAAUGAGCAAGAACCACAGAGUGAAGCUGCAAAGGAUGAGUCAAAGGAAAAACUGUCUUCAGAGAAGCAUUUACCCGAAAGCCCUAAAAAGGCAAACAGUGCAAUUGAAAGAGUCCAACCUGAAACUACAGACUUGGGCAGUUGUGCAAAGGAGAAGAGGUCCUCAGAGGAGCUUUCACAAGACCAACUUACUGAUGGAAAAAUUGAAAAAGCCCAGACAGAAUCUGUGGAUUUGGACAUUUGUGCCAAGGAAAACAUUUCAUCAGAGACGCCUGUACAGGAAAGUUUUAAAAAUGCCAAUGGUGAAGUUGAAAGAAGCCAGCCUGAAACUACGAACCUGGAGAGUUUUCCAAAAGAGAAAGAUGCAGGUGACAGCAACAAAACAGAGGAUGUGUAUACGAUAGAGGAUCACACAAAUCAUAAGGUAAAUAAUGGCAAACUGAGGUUGACCAUACCAACACCUGAUGGAAUUGAAAAAGGUCCAGAAAGUCCAAAUGGCCGGCGAUCCCCAUGCCUUUUAAAGAAGCGGGAUGGUGGUACUGGUGUGGGCAGGGAACUGAGGCAAGACCUUGGUCAUGAGGGCAUGUUCUCCAGUUUUCAAUCAAAGGCAGAAAUCAAAGUGGAGAAUGCUAAUCUUAUUGUGGAUGGGCAAGGUUACACAACAGGAGUCCAAGAAUGUGUCAGAUCCAGCAGGCAAGCAGUCAUCCGUCAAGACAGCUACCUUACAGCUGCUGACUCCGAGCUUCCAAUGCCCGUCAACCCACACACACAUCGCAGCUAUUCACAUCUCCAAUUUAAGGACAGUCAUUUAAGGUCACAAGAUUCUGAUAUUGCAAACACAGACGCACCAGUAGAAGCUCAAGUAGAAACUGUUGCCGGGGCAAAAUUUCUAUACCUUCCAGACAACAUGGGGAAUGCAGAACUUGAGAGCUUAGCAGGGAAGCUGGACUUAGGCAACUGUAUGGAGGCUUUAGCGCUUGCUAAAAAACACGGUCAUGUUGCCCUUCAGAAGGCUGCUCUCCAGGUCAUGUCUGAUAAUUUCCUCCAGGUCCUCAGAGACCCAGCUCUCUUCGGUAGGCUGAAAGCAGGGGAGCGUGAUCAUAUCCAAACACAGCGAAUGACAGGAAGGAAGUGGUUGGUGGUUGCAGAUAUUGACGCAGACUGGAGACGUCAAUCAACGGUUUCACAGUCAGAAUCAGUUAAGACACCUUGUGGAAUGUAUUGCUAUGAUGACUAUAAGGACACGUGGCACCUUCACUGCCACAUUCCCCAGGAAGUGCUAUCUAAAGGUUGUGCAAUGUGUACCAUGGACAACUGCCUGUUCAUGACUGUGGGCUUCCAAGGCCUAAAACAGCCUUCGAAGAAAGUGUACUGUUACAAUCCAGUGACUUUAAUUUGGAGUCAAAUAAGCCCCAUGAACGAGGCGAGGCCUCACUGCAAACUUGUUGCACUGCAGGGCCAUCUUUACGCCAUUGGAGGAGAAUGCCUUGCAUCAGUUGAACGCUACGACCCCAGGACUAACAGAUGGACCUUUGUUGCACCACUUCCUAACGAGACUUUCGCUGUAGCUCACCGGGCCACGGCUUGCAACGGUGAACUGUUUGUGGCAGGAGGUACAUUGAGAUAUACUCUCUUGAGAUACAAUCCUAAAACCAACACGUGGCGAGAGAGCAUGAUCGUGGGCAGUAAAGACCGAACAGCAGAAAUGGUGGCGGUGCGAAACUUUCUGUACCGCUUUGACAUCAGUGCUCUUGGAAUCAGUGUGUAUCGCUACCAUGCAAUGGCCCGUAUAUGGUAUGAAUGCUCCUCAAUACGUCUCCCCCACUGCACCGCCUUUCAGUGUGUGACCGUAGACAACAUUAUCUACUGCGUGAGCCGACCAUUUACCUUGAGGUUCCUUGCAGAUGAGGUAUCUCCAAGCUUUGUGGCAAAGGAUUUGAAAGUGCUCAACCCAGUAAGAGGCAUUUUGUUUCCUUUGGUCCUUGUGCUUCCAGACAGUACCACGCCACAAACCCAGGUUUAAGCAAGGUCAAGUAAUAGACAGCCUGGUAAGAGACAACAAUUUGUUAUUGUCAGGAUCAAAUAAAGUGUAUGUUUGUGGAAUGUGCUGCUUAAUUGGUGGCAAAUGAGAGGAAAAAUCAAGGCUAUUACAUCCAUUUGUUCUACAGCUAUAUCACAAUUACACAGCACUUACUGAUAAAUAUAUUUGCAGUCUCAGAGGAAGCCAUUUGUUUGUUUGGGUCUCCCAUCCAUUCUGAUGUCUAAAUCAACCUUUAAAUCUUGGAAAUGUUUUGUGCAAGUGCUUCAAAUGUUUUACUCAAUAUACUGCUUUGAAACGUUACGUGCAAUAUGUUGAACAAUCAAUACUGUAGGUGGAAUAAAGCUCGGCGCAAAUGCCGCACAGGCAUCAUAAACAACAUGAACGGUCGCCAUUCUAACAAUUUAUGUAAGCUAGCUGAUUAUAUUCAUAGCAUUUUCUUUGCAUAUUUGAAGUUACAUUUCUUUUCUUUGUAUUUGAUUGAACUUGCGAGUUCAGAGAAUGUAAUCUAAAUCUUUUAUUGUAUUUUCCUGCAAUUAUCACAAAUCAUGUUAUCUUGUCAUGAGAAUACAAUUUAUUUUUUCGAUCAAUGGUUUCACUCAUGAAUCAUCUCUGAUUUCUAAAAGCUUUUUAAGUCAACACUGUCUUUACUAAUGUAUCUUUCCAUACUUUUUUACACAACAGAACCACUUUUGGGAACGCAGGGGAAGACUUUAUGCUCUCUCUCUCUUUCUGUGUGUAUGACAUUAAACAUUAU